CUGGUGUCAAACCGUUUCAGCCUGCCAUACCUCUACACGACCACCCCAUACCUCAGCUCAACUGCCCAGCGCGCGACUCUCACUUUAUCGUGCACAUCACUCUAUAGACUUGACCUCACGUUUCACCACCCCUAAUCACUCGUCACCCUAAUGUCCAAUAACAUCAAGGUCGUCUGCCGGUUUCGGCCCCAGAAUACGAUAGAGACACGGGAAGGAGGGGAGGUGGUCGUCUCUUUCGACGACAGCUUAGCAACGGUCGGCCUGCGCUCAACGGCUGGGCUCUCUGGACCUGAAAAGGAUGGGUUCACGUUUGAUCGUGUGUUCCCUAUGGGAACAAAACAGCAUGAGGUGUUUGAUUAUGGUGUGAAAGGGAUCGUAUCAGAUGUUAUCAAUGGAUACAAUGGCACAAUAUUCGCAUAUGGUCAAACUGGAAGUGGAAAGACCUUUACCAUGAUGGGUGCCAACAUCGAUUCCGACGAGUUGAAGGGCAUCAUACCCCGCAUAGCAGAGCAGAUCUUUACAGCCAUCCAGGAAGCACCCCAAAAUAUAGAGUUCUUGGUGAAGUGCUCGUACAUGGAGAUCUACCUGGAGAGGAUUCGUGAUCUACUCGCACCCCAAAACGACAAUUUGCAAAUACACGAAGAGAAGAACAAGGGAGUCUACGUCAAGGGUUUAAUUGAGGAGUAUGCCACAGGUCCAGAAGCUAUAUACGAACUUCUGCGACAAGGUGGUCUUGCUCGUAUGGUUGCGGCAACUAAUAUGAAUGCCGAGAGCUCACGUUCACAUUCUAUCUUCUUAAUCAUCAUCAAUCAGAAGAAUCUCGAUACAGGUGCUCAAAAGUCUGGAAGUCUUUAUCUCGUCGAUCUUGCCGGUUCAGAGAAGAUUGGAAAGACCGGUGCAACUGGUCAGACGUUGGAGGAAGCGAAGAAGAUCAACAAGUCCUUGUCGGCGUUGGGUAUGGUCAUCAACGCGCUCACGGACGGCAAAUCCACACACGUUCCUUACCGUGAUUCCAAGCUCACGAGAAUUCUGCAAGAAUCUCUUGGUGGUAAUUCGCGGACCACCCUCAUUAUUAACUGUUCUCCCUCUUCGUACAAUGAAGCCGAGACACUGUCGACUCUCCGCUUCGGUAUGCGUGCCAAAGCAAUCAAGAAUAAGGCUCGGGUCAAUGCAGAGCUGUCCCCAGCCGAAUUGAAGCUACUCUUGAAAAAAGCGCAGACCGACAAUGCCGCUUUCCAGAAACUCAUUGCCGACUUGGAAGCUGAGCUGGGAACUUGGCGGUCAGGCGGGCAAGUGGAUCCUGCCUUUUGGGUAAAAGGUAUGGGCGCACCGAUGAAGAAGGCGCCCACCCCAUCCAGUACGACACCGGCUCGUCCGAGCACACCAAUCAAUCCUAUGGUGGAAGGCCUGAGAGGCGAGUUAGAGAGCAGGCCAGAAACACCAACGGUCAUCGGCCUUGAGAAGGAUGAACGAGACGAGUUCCUGAGACGGGAGAAUGAGCUGACGGAUCAGCUAGGCGAGAGGGAGUCCCAGCUGUCAGCUGCCGAGAAGGAGCUGGUUGAACUCCGUGCAGAACUGGCCGGCCUUCGAGGAGAUGUUCCACCUCCACCCAAGGAGUCACAGAUCCCCCCCCAUUCCUCAGAGCUUAUUGAGCUGCGCCUUGAGCGUGACAGGAUUUCCUUUGAGAAGAAAGAGCUCACAAUCGCUCUUGAGGAUGAGAAGCAGAAGAACUCUGAACUGGUGGCGCAGGUUGAGGACCUCAACAAAGCAGCUUUGCAGAGCAGGACCCGUAAGACCUCACUGGCGGAAGGCAAAGAAAAGAAGAAGGCGGAGCUUAUGGCAUUGAUGAUGUCUAAACUCGAAUCGCAUGUCGGCAUUUCCGAUAAAGACGACCAACUGCAGUCCACACUGACUAAGUUGGCUGGUAUUGACAGCAACGAGGGUGUCCAAGCUUUGACUCUGGAUGAUAUUGCCCUGGUGAGACGCCAACUUGCUGAGGAGCAUGAAGCCCUUCGGAACGCGAUGGAGAAGUUGCAGGAAGUACAGGAGGAAAACGCACUUCUGAGCAAACGUCGUCAGGAUCUGGAAAGGAGAAAUGCUCAGAUCGAGGCAGAUAUGGAGGACGUAUUUGCCAAAUAUGAAGCGAAAGAGGGCCACGCAGAUUUCGCCUAUGCCGAAGUCAAGGCGACGCUUGAGGCGCAGUUCACCGCCAAACUGGAAUCGCAACAGUCAGAGAUUGAAGACUUGCAGAAGCAGGUCGAGACAAGGACACGAGACAUUCGGAACUUAAGCUCUGAACUUGACAGCUCGAAGGGUGUCAAUGAGGAACUGAAGCGCGCAUUCGAAGCAACAUCUGCCGGGCUUGCUGGUGGUAAGGAUCUCGCCGAGACCGCCCGGGAAUUGGAGAGGACGAGAAAGGCGAUCGCGGCUCAGUUAGCUGAGUUUGACAAUACCAAGAAGGCACUUAUGCGGGACGUUCAGGAUCGAUGCGAGAAGGUUAUCGAGCUUGAGGUCCAGCUGGAUGAAAUGAGAGAGCAAUACAGCAAUGUCAUCCGCAAUAGUAACACCAAGGCUCAGCAGAAGAAGAUGGCGAUCCUGGAACGGAACCUUGAGCAAGUUUCCCUCAUUCAGCGACAACUCGUGGAUCAAAAUGCCCUGCUAAAGCGGGAGGCUGGUGCAUCGGAGCGGAAAUUGAUCACACGAAAUGAACGUAUAGCCGGUCUUGAAGCUCAGCUCCGCCAUGCUAUGAGGGAAAUUGAGGACCGCGACCGGAGGUACGCCGAACAAUUCCGGAACGUCUAUCAGGCGACCGAGCACCUGCGAACCGCACAACCAAGUGCCCGCAUCGCUAAGCCGCUUCGCGGCGGGGGCGGGGCAAACCCGCCCGCGAACGGUCCGCUUGCACGUCUCCAGGGUGAGGAAGCCAGCGCAUCUCGUGAGUUCUUAUCUCUUUCCCAGGUGAAGUCCCGCAUUGAUUGGACGAAUGUAGCGAGUAAACAGCGGGCGUCGUGGUUCUUCAGUGCCUCUCGAUCGUGA